AUGAACGAUGGGUCCGUCCCGUGGAAAGUAAGAAAAUAUUUUUGGUCUCCGUGCCAGAAAUGGCAACAUGGCAGAAAGCCUUUCAAACUCGCUCUCCAAAUUAUUAAAAUCAUUGCCAUUACUAUCCAAAUCUAUAAUUUUGGAAAAGUAUCUCAAGACAAUGUCGAGUUCAAAAGCGACAUGCGAAAAAGUGUGUGGAGAAUAGUGAACCCUUCUGGUGGAAACCCAUCCUUCCCCGAAUCACCCUUCACGAGUACGAUUACAACGAAAUCUGAGUUUUAUAAGCAAAUCUUUUUAUUUCGAAAAGGAGUCCACACUCUUAGAACUGAUUCUCUUGCUGAAAUAAGUGGAAUCAGCAAUGUCACAAUAUUACUGCAGCAAUUAGAGGGACCUUUCGAAUCUUACACGCUAACAAACUUCACGCCCGGUGAAGAAUUCUCGACUAAAAUUCCGACCACGGAAGCAGAUAUUGAACUCGAUCUGAUUCUUCAUGAAAUUGUUGUCAUGAGAGUCGAUCUAAAUAUCUCCCACCAUAACGAAGUCGUCAACAAGCGGACCAAGCGAGAUUAUGCCCUCUCCUACAUGCUAAAGAUCGACAAUUCUGAUCACUCCGGACUGGCGGAUGUUGUUCUCAAUCAAACAAUGACUGGCGUCGACGAUCGAGAAGCCAUCUCGGCCUCCCCAAUAAUUCUUCUUGAUUUUCUCGUCCUUGUCGUGUCGAUUUUAUCUACAAUGUUGGUAAUCAGGUCGCUCUUCCGGGCGCAACUUUUGCGCUUGCAAUUCUCCUCUUGGUACAUGCAGAAAUUCAAUGAACAAGCGACACUUUCUGAUUGCAACGAGUUCGUAGAUGGCUGGUACAUUCUAAUGCUCGUAUCUGACGUAUUUGUUAUCAUUGGAACUGGUCUAAAACUGGACGUUCAAACUCGACAGUUGCCUUCUGUCGAUGAUUUCCAAAUAAGCUGCAUUUUCCUCGGUCUCGGAGCUCUUCUUUGUUACUCAGGAAUUUUGCGAUAUCUUGGCUACUUCCGCGGUUACAACAUUUUAGUUCUUACUUUGUCGCACGCGAUGCCAAAAGUUUUCAAGUUCCUAACUUGUGCGCUGACACUCUACUUUGGCUACGUCGUUUGCGGAUGGCUAGUGCUUGGCCCGUUCAAUUCCAAGUUCCGAAAUCCAAUCAUUACUUCUCAAACUCUCUUCUCGUUGCUCAAUGGCGAUGACAUGUUUGCAACAUUCCGAAUGCUCGAACCCGGUGGACCGUCUUUUUUCUCCCAGAUUUACCUUUACUCUUUCAUUUGCCUCUUUAUUUACACAGUUUUGUCCCUUUUUAUCUCCGUCGUGAUGGAUUCUUAUGAAACUAUCAAGAAAAAUAAUGGACAUCGGCUUCAUUCGAGAGGAAUUCAAAAAGCGCUGGAUGCCAGUACUUCUGAAGAGGACUCGUGUCCAGGCGACCCUCAAAGUUUUUCUUUCAACAAUUGCUUCUGUGUUGCCUCGGCGGAUAGCCAAGCAUCCGAUGACCAGCCACUUCUCUCUGCGACGGACGAAUAA